CUUCGUUCUUAGAUAAGCGAGCGUCAUGCGAGGUCGAAAACAGGUGAACUCCUUCUCCGUUUCCAGCCUCGAGACGAUGAAAACUUUCAUUUUCCUCUCUCUCUUCCUUCUUUUAAUUGCUAGUGACCGUGCGCUAGGGCACUUUUCCAUCAAACCUGCGCGUACAUGUCCAAAGAUAACACGUACUGCGUUUGAAGUGACGCAUCAUCUAAUGAACAAAUACUAUAACUCGACUUCUGGUCGGCUAAACGGUGGUUCUGUCUGGACCGACGCCAACGCGCUUGAAACAGUGCACAUGCUCAUGUUGCAAAACAGACGGUCGGACUGGGACGGCGUUGCCGACAACUCUUAUCUAGGCCGACACGCUUUGAACACAUCGUCCGACUGGCAAGCCUUUACGGGCGGUUACAAUGACGAUGCCGGUUGGUGUAUCCUUGAUAUAUGGGCCAUGGCCGACUACAAGAUAUUCAGAGGCGAGGACGGCGUGGAAGACUACUUCAUAAGCGCUGGUCAGCUCUACGACAAGAUGGCGGAGAACUGGGACGAUACCUGUGGGGGUGGAGUGUGGUGGACAACUGAUCACGGCUACAAGAAUGCGAUCACGAACGAACUUUUCUUGACCGUUUCUGCACAAGGAUAUCUUAGGUUCGGCAAUGAAACAUACCUGGAGAAUGCGAAAAAGACAUGGACUUGGUUAGAAGCCUCGGGCAUGCGCAACGCAGAGGGUCUCUACAAUGAUGGUUUGGAUGAUUCUUGUGUUAACAACGGCGAAACUACAUGGACUUACAAUCAGGGCGUUUUGGCGUCGGGUCUCGGCGCACUCUGGAAAGCCACAGGAAAUAGAACUCUCUUGGACGAGGCUGAGAUAACUCUGGACGCGACGAUCAAGGAUAUGACCGUGAACGGGGUGUUGAAAGAAUCAUGCGAUAGCGCCAUCGAAACUGAUGAUCCUUGUGACACUGACCAGCAAACGUUCAAGGGAUUCUGGACCAAGCAUUUACAGUACUACCUCAUUCUUACGAAUGAGAAAGAGAAGAUAGCCAAAUAUGGUCCUUUUUUGGGAGCACAGAGCCAUGCAGUGACCAAGUACGCAACGAACGUGACAAACGAUAUUAGUAACUUGUGGUAUGCACCAGAUGAGGGUGGUGCGAUAUAUAACGUUAAGAGUUUACCUAGUGGCCUUAUGGCACAUAUAGCUGCAGCUCAAUUCGCUAGUUGUUACUGAGCCAAUACAGGUGCUGUC